CUAAAUAGUUGCUAGGCUAUUGUUUAUUUACAAUUCCUAUCCACUACUAAUUGUUGAAGUAGUCCAUAGCAUCCUAAUUCCUAACAACCUGAAAACCACAUUCUACUCCAACAACAUCAAGACAGCGUGUCUUUACACCAUUAUCACCACCACCAACCAUUCCUAUUCCUAUUCCCAAAACAAAACAAACGACCAAACCACACCCCAACACAUCACUUCCAUUUACUCAAAACAUGACGUCUCUCAAGAUCUUUCUACACCACUUGUACUUGACGCAUCAACACUUGUAACCUCUAAAUAAUCUCACUCUUAUGGGCUCCAUUGAUUUGAAGCUUACUUUUUUCAGAGAGUUGAAGAAUACCAAAAGGUAUAGCAAAAAUGGGUGGCCUUCGUGGACUACUUCACGACCCUAUGCAAACAACAUGGAUACGAUUUAACCAUUUGGUUUCAUUUCAAAUUUCAAGUGUAUUGUGUGGCUAUCUCUUUUUCCCUUAUCCCUUAGCUAUAAAUUAUAUAUAUAUAUAUUUCCAACAUUACCCUUCUUCUUCUCUAUCUCCCUCUAUUUACUCUUUCAAAACCCAACUGCCAUAAACAUGGCGUACGAACAAAAUGGCAGACUUCCCGACCACCAAAACUGGCCGCGGCCGGAGUUGUUGUACAGUGAAGCUCUCCGGGAGCUUCAUGCAACGAUUGAGAGUGAUUGGGACUCGGUUAAACGAUCGGCUUGUCAGACGGCGGCCGGAAGGGCGCUUUGGAAGCAUGUUGUGAAUGAUCAGCUGGCGGAGUUGUUCGCCGGAGAAACGUAUUUGACCAAUCUUUAUGAGAAGAUUAAGAAUGACCGGAUGAGUAAUGCGAGAGAAGUUUCUGGGGUGAUUCUUGCUGUUCGGACUUUAUGGUUUGAAUCCAAGCUCGAGGCGGCUGUUGAGUCGUUUGGCGGCGGAGCUCAGGUCGUUCUUCUUGGUGCAGGAAUGGACACAAGGGCAUAUCGAUUGAGCUGCUUAAAAGAAAGCGAUGUUUACGAAAUAGACUUCCCAGAAGUCCUAGAAAUGAAAGAGACGUUACUUCAAACCGCAAUAAACAACUCCAUAAACCCACAAUCAAAAUCCCUCACAAGAAUAGCAGCAGAUAUGAGAGAAGAAGACUGGUUCAAAAAGCUUCAAUCAUCAGGCUUCAUCCCCGAGAAAAACACAGUCUGGAUUCUUGAAGGAAUCAUCUAUUAUCUCCCGCAUUCACAAGCCAUGGGAGUAUUGAAAACAAUAGCAGACAAUUGCAGCCUCACAAAAACCGUUUUGUUAGCCGAUUUCAUGAAUAAACAAUCGACAACGCUUUCGAGUUCUAACAGCUUUCAUUUCUACAGUGAUUGGCCUGAUCAUUUGCUACCGACUUUAGGGUUUUCUGAGGUGAAUCUUUCCCAAAUUGGGGAUCCGGAUGCUGAUUACGGGUUGUUGCAUGAUCCGCUUAAUUUGUUUAAUAAGUUGCGAGGGGUACCGAGGUCAUUUCAGAACCACCCCGAUGAUGGAACGCCUUGCUGUCGGUUGUAUUUGGUGCAAGCUUCUGGGUCACCAAAAACUAUUUCUUCGUGAAUCUUUUUUUAUUAUAUUUAUAUUUAUAUUUAUACAAAGUUUUUAUAUUUAUAUUAGGUUUGUUGGUGUUGAUGUUGAUGUUCAUCUGAUUCUUUAAAGGAGUAAUGAAAAAGAUAUAAUGUUAUCCACAAUAAUGAAUAAACAAACAAAUAAUAUAAUAUCAAUGUUGAGUUGAGGCAUUUUUAUACCAUCAAAUCAUACAUUAAAU